GGUUCCUCUCUCUGAUUGCCAUUCUCUGUUUCUCCACAACCACACCUACUACCGUCCAGCCAGACACAGAGAGCGGGCAGCGGGGGAGAGACUAGCUGACGCAGAGUCGCAGAGAUGACCAAGGACGUGGAGAUGGCGGCGCGGAACGGCCACGGCAACGGCGCCGUUGCCGGCGAGCCGUAUUACCGUCCUGUGGAGCAGGGCGGCGACGUCGAUGUGGACGACGACGGCAAGCACCGGCGCACCGGUACGGUAUGGACAGCGAGUGCACACAUCAUCACGGCCGUCAUCGGCUCCGGCGUGCUCUCCCUCGCCUGGGCUACGGCGCAGCUCGGCUGGGUCGUCGGACCCGUCACUCUGAUGCUCUUCGCGGGCAUCACCUACUACACCUCCAGCCUCCUCGCCGACUGCUACCGCACCGGAGAUCCGGCCACUGGGAAGAGGAACUACACCUACAUGGACGCCGUCGCAGCUUACUUAAGUCGCUGGCAAGUCUUGACCUGUGGUGUUUUUCAGUACGUUAACUUGGUGGGAACUGCAAUUGGGUACACCAUUACAGCAUCCAUCAGCGCUGCGGCUAUAAACAAGGCCAACUGUUACCACAAGAACGGCCGGGAAGCCGACUGCGGCGUCUAUGACUCCAUGUACAUGGUGGUCUUCGGGGUAGUCCAGAUCUUCUUCUCCCAGGUCCCCAACUUCCACGACCUAUGGUGGCUCUCUUUCCUCGCCGCGAUCAUGUCUUUCACCUACGCGUCCAUCGCCGUUGGCCUCUCAUUAGCACAGGUCAUAUCAGGUCCUACUGGUAAGACUAGCCUGAGUGGCACUGAAGUUGGAGUAGACGUUACUUCGGCCGAGAAGAUCUGGCUUGCAUUCCAGGCGCUCGGCGACAUCGCAUUCGCCUACUCCUACUCCAUGAUUCUCAUCGAAAUCCAGGAUACGGUGAAGUCUCCACCGGCAGAGAACAAGACGAUGAAGAAGGCGACGAUGCUGGGCGUGUCGACCACGACGGCCUUCUACAUGCUCUGCGGCUGCCUCGGCUAUGCGGCCUUCGGCAACAGCGCCAAGGGGAACAUCCUCACCGGCUUCGGCUUCUACGAGCCCUACUGGCUCAUCGACUUCGCCAACGUCUGCAUCGUCGUGCACCUGGUCGGCGCCUACCAGGUCUUCUGCCAGCCCAUCUUCGCCGCCGUCGAGACCUACGCCGCCUGGCGCUGGCCCAACUCCGGGUUCAUCGCGCGCGAGCACACGGUCUCCGCCGGCAAGAAGGUCAGCUUCAGCCUCAACAUGUUCAGGCUGACGUGGAGGACGGCGUUCGUGGUGGUAAGCACGGUGCUCGCCAUCCUCAUGCCCUUCUUCAACGACAUCCUGGGGUUCCUUGGCGCCAUCGGGUUCUGGCCGCUCACCGUGUACUUCCCCGUGGAGAUGUACAUCCGGCAGCGGCGGAUACAGAAGUACACAUCGAGGUGGGUGGCGCUGCAGACGCUCAGCUUCCUCUGCUUCCUCGUGUCACUCGCCGCCGCCGUCGGGUCCAUCGAAGGGGUCACCGAGUCGCUCAAGCACUAUGUCCCGUUCAAGACCAAGUCAUGAUCGGUGAUGAGGGCUUUGCUUGCGCAUUGUGGAAUAACUGGCUGUUAACAAUGCUUGCUGUAUGUGAGAUCAUAGUCUGUUCGAGAUCGAUUACCAGUUGGCGGAGUGCGUACACCCGGCUGUGCUGUUCAGAAAUUCAAGGGAGGGAGAGAUUUAGAGAGCAUCCUAUCCUACAGGCUACAGAUGUUGGUCCUGAUUCCUGAUUUCCUGCACAAAAGCUUAAGUUUAUACAAGAAUUGGAAAGGUUUUCGUUAGCAA